GGGGUCAACGCGGAUGUGGUCGAGGAUGUUGCCACUCCGAGAUGUAUCCUGACAUCAACAGUCACUGAACAGGAUCUGAUACAUGCCGCCUCGAGAUCUACCGUUAACUUACAAUGCAUCCACGAGGCGUCACAGAGACUCUACAGUGACACACAGCUUCAGACAGCCAUGGCCCAACUCGCCCACGAAGACAAGAUGGCCUACACUGAGAUUUUCCUGAAGGUAGACGCGGAAUCUGGCAAUGGGGACGGCGCGCUGACUAUGGACGAGUUUGAAAAACUGAUGAUAUUCUGUGGCCAUAGAGUGCCUAAAGCAGACAUUGCUAGAGUCUUUAUGCAGAUGGAUAAAGACGAGAACUGGAAGAUCACGCUGGACGAGUUUCUUGCAGUCCUUCCUCGGUUGUCUCCUCCUGAUUCUGCCGAUUUUGUGGCUGCAAGAGUCAGACGUAUAUUUGACGUAUAUGACGUCAAUAAAGAUGGCUACGUGACCCAGGAGGAAUUUCAGAUCAUCAUGUCCAAGGCAGGCCAACCUCUCAGCCAGAACCAGAUCCAGGACCUUAUAGCCACGUGUGACAAGGACGGUGAUGGCAAACUAAACUUUGAAGAAUUCCUCACGAUCUACGUUGCCCAAUAAUUGCCUACGAUCAACAAACAUAUAGAUGCGUGCUUCAAUCUUGAUGAGUGGAGACACGCGGAUCAGUGAGGGUCGAGGAAUGGAAAUCCGAACUAGUCAUAGAAUGCAAGUGGAUUCGCUCCGAUUAUGUUUCUAGGUUUGUCAGCGGCGUGUUUAUGGGUUUCACAAAAGUGCUUUAUGUCCAACUAGGCCUGAAUCAAUUCAGGCUUUCGUCUAACAUCAAACUUACACGUCGUGAUAUACCUAAAAGUUUGUAUAAAGUGUCGAAACGAACAAAAUAAAUUGUCCCCGAAAAUUCUAGAAACAAAUAAUUAUGCUGCA